UUUGUCCGGUUGGCAACGCGAAACAUUUUCACAUGUCAUGACAACAAUGUUUGUGCAAUAAUCAGAGAGAAACAUUUUGAAAUUACGGAAUGAAUAGCCAGCGGAAAAAGAAAAUUAUGUUAUGGAAUACGAAGUUUUAGAAUUAGCAACUGAGGAAGAAUGUGAUUCAACUGUCUCAAAACGAAGUAGAAAUUUUCCUCCUUCGCGAACGGCGAAUGAUCAGCUGCUUUUUGGUACUAUGUGUGUCUUAAAUCACAAUACAGUUUUUGAACUACAUUCGGUUGCAAUUAAAUGUAAAACAGUAAAAUGCUUAGCAAGCGAGGAAAAAUUUCUUUCUUUGGGAUGCCCACACUUGGAUUCAGUACUAAGGGGCGGUUUUGUCAACAGAGGCAUUACACAAAUUUAUGGAGCAGCUGGUACUGGGAAAACUCAAAUAGCCCUACAACUCUGUUUGACCGUUCAGCUUCCAAUUGUGCACGGUGGUUAUGAAGCUGGGGCAGUCUAUAUUUCUACAGAGGGAGCUUUCCCUUCGAGGCGUCUUCAGGAAUUACUUCGUGAAUCAAACCUCACAAAAAAGUUCAAUGUCACUGCUGAUAUAAUUUUUGUUACAACGAUACAUGGCGAAAACACAAUUCAAGAACUUGAGAACUGUAUUGUUCAAAAAAUCCCACAUUUGAUGGCUACCAGAAAAAUCGGUCUGCUGAUACUGGACUCUAUUGCUGCACCUUACAGAGCGGGAUAUUCACUCAACACAUUCGGAGAUAGAGCAAAGAGUCUGUGGAAUAUUGCCAAUCAAUUACACAAUUUAGCCAGUCAAUAUAAGCUUACGGUUAUUUGUAUUAAUCAGGUAUCUGCAGCAAUUUCAUUCAACAAUUAUGAAGUAAUUCAUCCUACAGAACAGCCAACACUAGGUAUAACAUGGGCUAAUAUGAUAACAAACAAUUUUUAUCUAUGUAGAACAGGUGACUGCCGUUACCUCUAUACUAUGCAGUCAUCUUACCUUCCUCGCACCCAUAUUGAAUACAGAAUCACAGGUUCAGGAGUAUCAGGUGUGUGUAAAAAUAAAUAAUCUAUAUUAUUUGUA